AUGCUUGGUGCGAAGGAGUGUUUUUCGAGUGAAGUGAAUUACUCGCAGAAUGAGGAAAAGUGCGGAAUGGAGAAUGUGAGCUGUACUGUGGAUGAGGGAGCCCGACAGUCGGCGUGUUUUCUUGGUUGUAGAGCGGGCCAGCUCUGCGAGGAAAGGCCUGGAUCGGGGACGCGCCAGAAUUCGGCUGUGCGAAGUACGCCUGCUCCCUGCGGCCGGAAAGGUGCUCUCCUUGACGACGCCUCCGCUUCUGACUUGGCUGGAAUGCAGUGUGUGCAGACGUUGAAACCGUUACACAACGUAUGUGUGUAUGUUUGCUUUCCGCGGAUUAGAUCGUGUGGGUCGGUGCGUGUCGUUCUGCGUGCGACAAGAGAGCGUGUUCCUCGAAUGACAUGUGGGCAUCGCCACCGACGUCGAAUGCGGCUGGGAAUCUCCUCGGUGAGUUUGCGUCUUCGACAUGUGAUGUUUGAACUAACACUUGAGUGUCAUUUGAGAUUGUUCAAAAGGAAUGAUGCGUUUGGAUGUACUUAUCGCAUGGUGCUAAAAUAA